AUGAAAUUCGAAGAUCUCUUGCUGGACAUUGGUGGCUUUGGCCGAUUCCAGAUCUUGAUUUUGCUUCUCCUCUGCUUCCCAAGAAUCAAUCUUCCCAUGCAUUUCCUGCUGCACAAUUUUCUCGCUGCUACUCCCUCUCAUCACUGUGCAAUUCCACACCAAGAGGCAUUUGUGAACUUCACCACGGAGGAGCUUCUACUCAUCAGCAUCCCCCGGGAGCCUGAUGGCACCUUCAGGUCCUGUGAGAUGUUCUCGCAGCCUCAGUUUUACCUCCUGCUCAAUUCCUCUCUGCAACCAGAAAAUGACUCGAUUAUUGAGCAUUGCAAGCACGGAUGGGUCUAUGACCACUCGCAGUUUGCCUCCACCAUAGCCACCCAGUGGGACCUGGUGUGUGAGCAGCGUGGAAUGAACCAGGCGACUGCAACGUUCUUCUUCAUCGGUGUCACGGUGGGGGCUGUGAUCUUUGGACACCUUUCGGACAGGUACGGCCGGAAAGCUCUGCUGCUGCUGUCGCUGCUGGGCUCGCUGGCGUUCGGGAUGCUGAGCGCCGCCUCCGUCUCCUACGCCAUGCUGGCCGCCACGCGGACGCUCACCGGCGCGGCCCUCAGCGGCGUCUCCCUCAUCGUGCUGCCCCUGGGGAUGGAGUGGGUGGACGUGGAGCAUCGCACCCUCACCGGGAUCCUCACCAGCAUCUUCUGGAGCAUCGGGAACAUCCUGCUGGCCAUGGCCGCGUACCUGGUGCGGGACUGGCGCUGGCUUCUGGUGGCCGUGACCGGGCCCUGUCUCCUGAGCAUCGUCUGCCUGUGGUGGGUCCCGGAGUCGGCCCGCUGGCUCAUAGCCAACGGCAACGUGAAACAGGCUCGCAGGCACCUGCUUCGAUGUGCGAGGGUGAACGGAAGGAAAGACUUCACCAUCUCGACAGAGGCCCUCAAGAGGAUGACCACGGAGAAGUCAGGGCACAGCUACUCCUACCUCAGCCUGUUCAGGACACCGGUCCUGCGCAAGAUCUCUCUCUGCUCUGGCGCGGUGUGGUUUGGUGUUGCCUUCUCUUACUAUGGCAUGAGCAUGAACCUAACUGGUUUUGGGCUCAACAUGUAUCUCUCCCAAUUUGUUUUUGGCAUCAUUGAGAUCCCAGCCAAGCUGAUCAUGUACGUGCUGGUGAACCGAGUUGGACGGCGGCAGAGUCAGGCGUGGACCCUCAUACUGACCGGACUGUGCAUAGGAGCCAACAUCAUCAUCCCCAAGUCUUUCACCUCCCUGCGCUCCGUAGUAGCCAUCAUGGGCAAAGGCUUCUCUGAAGCUGCAUUCACUACUGUCUUCUUGUACACCUCCGAGCUCUACCCCACCGUACUGAGGCAGAGCGGGAUGGGCUACACGUCCUUCGUGGCCCGCCUGGGCGGCGCGCUGGCCCCGCUCCUGCUCCUGGUGAAGCAGCCGCUGCAGGACGCCGCUCUCGAAGGCACGGCGCUACAGGGUCAGCCCAAGUGA